CUUCGUCGUCGUCGUUUUGUGUGUCAUCAGAAUUCUUGGAAUGACAAAAUAAUCUUCUCUCGCUGUAUCCCACUCUGAAUCAAUCCAUAUCUGAACUUUGUUUUCACUUAUUUCCUUCCAAUUUUUCAGAAAUUUAUGCUGAUUUCCCUAAGAAAUUGCUCUCUGUUUUUCUUGUUAUACCCUUCAUUUCAUCCCAUUCAAUCGCUCUUUCUUCCUGAAGCAAUUUUCCGGCGAUUCCAGCUCCUGUUUCCGAUCCAAACUUCAACUUUGGAACUGAUAUUAGAGCCUUUUUUUGUAAGCAGGCAUGAUGAGCUUCAAGGAUUGGGUCUUAUCUCAAUUAGUGUCUAGGACACUAGCAGAACUACCCUUAACAUCAGAAAGCUUUUUGUCACGGGAAAUGUCUAAUGAAGAGCAUGAAAACCAAGCUACUGUAGUUACAUUACCAGCAUCUGCCGACACUUCAUACUCAUCCUACAAUAGUAAUCCAGAUAGCCACAACCAGUUCUUACCUCCACAUCAACUCUUCAUUGAAAGUUCUUCUCAGCCGACUAGCAUCGACAUUGACAAGAAAAAUCCAAUAGCUAGAAUUGAAAAUCUUCAAAUCAAGUUUUUGCGUGUUCUUCACCGGCUCGGGUUGCCACAAGACGAUAUCAUGGUGUCAAAGGUUUUAUACCGGACCCACUUGGCCACGAUGAUCCGCGCAAGGGAAUCUGAUUUAAAAAGAUUCAAUCUUCAAAUUGGAAAAGCAAGAGAGGUAGCAGCAGAACGGGAGGCGGCUCUCGGUCACUCUGAUUUGGGAUUCUCCUUUAAAGUGCUUUUACUUGGUAAAACCGGAGUUGGCAAGAGUUCAACGAUUAAUUCCAUAUUUGAUCAAAGUAAGGCCACAUCGAAUGCAUUUCAUCCGGAGACUACUCAUGUCCACGAAAUUACCGAAACCGUAAAGGGAAUCAAUAUUUCUUUCAUCGAUACCCCAGGAUUGUUGCCUUCCUCCCUUAGUAAUGCCCGGAGGAACCGGAAGGUUUUGAACAACGUGAAGAGAUACAUAAGAAAGAACCCUCCUGAUAUGGUGUUAUAUUUUGAACGGCUGGAUUUGAUCAACACAGGAGAUUAUUAUAGUGAUUUCCCUUUAUUAAAACUUGUAACGGAAGUCUUUGGCACUUCUAUUUGGUUCAACACCAUCCUUGUGAUGACCCAUUCUUCCUCCCCUCUGCCCGAAGGUCCUCUUGGUUACCCGGUCACCUUCGAGUCUUACACUGCCCGCUGCACGAGUUUCAUUCAACAUCACAUUCACCUGGCAGUCUCUGACCCGAAACUCCAAAACCCAGUGAUUUUGGUGGAGAAUCAUCCUAACUGCAAGACCAAUGAUUCAGGUGAGCAGAUUCUCCCCAAUGGAAGCGUUUGGAUGGUCCAAUUCUUCUUAACAUGCAUAUGUACCAAAGUUCUCGGCGAUGUUAAUAAUGCGUUUGACUUUGAGGAUAGUAUACAACUGGGCCCGCCUAAAGUCACUCGGUUGCCUUCACUUCCGCAUCUUCUAUCGUCUUUUCUUAAGCAUCGUGCUCAGCUAACACAUGAUGAAACACAAGGUUUAGUUGAUGAAGAGGAUGAGUAUGAUGAUUUGCCUCCUAUUCGGAUUCUGACUAAAGCUCAGUUCAAACAGUUAAGUCCUGGGGAAAAGAACGAUUAUCUGGAUGAAUUAGAUUUCAGGGAAACCCUUUACUUGAAAAAACAGAUGAAGGAAGCAUCAAGGAGUUCUCAGGACGGGCGGGCAGAACUAACGGACCCCGUUCUGUUGCCCGAUAUGGAUAUUCCACCCAGUUUCACCUCGGAUUGGCUCACACAUAGAUACAGGUCCCUCACAACUACUAGUGAACAAUGGGUUGCAAGACCGGUUCUUGAUCCCCAUGGGUGGGACAAUGACGUGAGCUUUGACGGGAUCAAUCUCGAGACCACCAGAAAAGUUUCAAAAAACGUUGUCGCGACCGCCAAUGGACAAAUGAGGAAAGACAAACAGGACUUCAGCACUCAAUCCGAGUGUACCGCUGCUUAUAUGGAUCCGGGCAGGCCCGUUUCAUCUGUUGUGGGUCUGGAUAUCCAAUCCGCAGGGCAAGUCCCGAUCUGCUCGGUACACAGCAGCGUUCAAGUCAAGAAUCUGAAGCACAACAUCACAGGAUGUGGUGUUUCUCUGACUUCUUUUGGCGGCAACUACUUCCUCGGCGCCAAGGUCGAAGACAGCUUCACCAUCAAGAAGAGGCUGAGGUUCACCGUGAACGGUGGGCGAAUGGCGGCGGCGGGUGGAGGGGCGGAAGCUCACGGCGGCAGUUUUGGAGCCACCUUAAGAGGGAAAGACUACCCGGUGAGGAAUGAGAGUGCGAGUUUCUCCGUGACGGUCCUCACAUUGAACAAAGAGACCGUUUUGAGCGGGAACUUGCAGGCGGACUUCAGGGUAAGCCGGGGAACGGACGUUUCUGUGAGUGCUAAUCUGAGCAGCCAGAAAAUGGGGCAGGUUUCUAUCAAGACAAGCAGCUGUGAACACAUGCAGAUAGCUCUCAUUGCCCUUCUCUCAAUUGCUGGAGGCCUAUUGAGAAACAUGGUAUUAAAAGACCAUAAGACCACAGAAACCCCAGAAAUUGAGUCUCCUCUAUAAAGUGAUACAACUUGUGGUACUGAAAAUACUACUUUAACCCCAGGGAUGACACACCAUUAGAAACUAUCACGCAGAGACAAUCAUUCUCACUGAGAAAUGAGUCAUGCUAGAGGGACCCCAAGUUACACCCCACUUUUGACUCCAAUGCCUUAGACAUCAAACUGACAAACAUUGUUCUUUGUCUGUAAUGUCUCUGAAGGCAUUAGGGUCAAAAGUGGGGUGCAACUUGGGGUUCCUCAAGAUUUUUUCUUGACAAAUCGUUGUUGAUGAAACACAGAUGGUGUCAUCUCCCAUGUGAUUGUAACAUGAUCCUUUGUGGUAUAUUAGAUCCUUAUUCCCUUUAUUAUUAUAAUUCCCGGUUCCCGCACUACAAGAGUGAACCCACCCCACCCCGGCCAACUUUGUGGUUGUAGAGUAUAAUGUAAAUCGCGAGAUUACGCAAAUGAUGAAGGGGCAGUGUUAAGGUUAACU